AUGUCUGCCAAAGUCACUGCAGGUUUAUGUAUCCUUUGGCAAUGUUUCCAUCUAUCAAGUUGUAGUAUUGCACACAUGAAGUAUUCAAAAUUGAAAGCGAUAAAUUGGGGUCUACCUCUUGCUGGACACAAAUUUAAUGUAACACCAAUAGCAACGAGCAGAGUAACAAAUCAUAUCAAGUGUAUGGCUCACUGCGCAAAAACUGAGGGAUGUGUUGCUAUAAAUCUUGGUCCCGCACAAGCCGGAGAGCACGAGUGUGAAAUGUUCGAAACAACACGAUAUUCAAUAUUUAAUGCAAAAUUCACUGCGAAAGCUGGCUGGAAAUACAUUGGACCUAAGGUAAUGAUAAUCUCACUGUUAACAGAUCGAGCAAUCUGCAGUAUUUGUUUUAUAGAAUAGUAAUUCCCCUUAUAAUGGACGCUAGAACUCAGAAAUUUAUUAAAUUUAUAUUUACUAGACAAAAUGUGACGUUAAUCCAUGUCGUAAAGGAUUUUGGUGCAUUGCCCAAGAAUAUGAAACUGGUUACACAUGCUUAGAUCCCGUUGGAG